UUUUGGCAAACAUUAAACGACAGCCCCAAAAUCCAAUGACUCUGAGCAUUCAGAUCCUUACUUCCAGAUAGCUUAGCUGACGUGGGUUCCGUAGGCCAUACAAAACAGACUUCGUAGAUAUUUUCCUUGAUCGUAGGUGGGAUAUUUUUACCCUUAGAUUAGAGUCAGUUGGCAACUCAAUUCGUUUAGUUGCCAUCCGAUUAAGGGGACUAGUUUUUAAGAUAUUUUUUUUAUAGGUAGUAGACCAAUAUAGAUUUUAGCAGGAGAAUAAGGGUUAGAUUUUCGAUUUCCUUUGCUUUGCUUUCAGUUCAGAGUUCAUAAAAGCAAUAUACUAAUCGGGUUGGUUCUAGAUUUUAGUGGUAAAACAAAAACACAUGGGUGAGAUUAUGGUGAGUAGCGAGGAAGAGGAGGAGGUGAAAACUGUGAGUGAAACGGAGAAGGAAAAUGGGGAGUUGGAAGUGAAUACGACGAAGAAGAAGAAGCGGACGCCAGGGAGUUGUGCCUCUGGGGAAGUGGUGAAAUGGGAAAGGUUUUUGCCCAGGUUGGCGUUGAGGGUUUUGUUGGUCGAAGCUGAUGAUUCAACCAGGCAGAUUAUAGCUGCACUUCUCCGGAAAUGCAGUUAUAGAGUUGCUGCUGUUCCUGAUGGCUUGAAGGCAUGGGAGAUGCUGAAAGGAAGACCUCAUAAUGUAGAUCUCAUUUUGACAGAAGUGGAUUUGCCUUCUAUAUCAGGAUUUGCUCUUCUUACACUGAUCAUGGAGCAUGAGAUUUGUAAAAGCAUCCCUGUUAUAAUGAUGUCCUCGCAAGAUUCAAUUAGCACAGUAUACAAAUGCAUGUUGAGAGGGGCUGCUGACUACCUUGUUAAGCCAAUAAGGAGAAACGAGCUGAGGAAUUUAUGGCAGCAUGUAUGGAGAAGACAAUCAUCAAUAGUUGGUGGAAACUCCCCACUGGAUGAGAGCGUUGGACAGAAAAAAGUUGAAGCUACCUCUGAAAAUAAUGCUGCAAGUAAUCAUUCCAGUGGCUGCUCAGCUGGUGUCCAAAAAAAUAAGGAACAAACUGAGAAAGGGAGUGAGACACAGAGCUCUUGUACAAAGCCAGAGAUGGAAGCUGAGAGUGGCCACUUGGAAAAUAUGCAGGAAUUUUCACACUUGAUAAAGGGAAAAUCUCAACCAAGUGAAUCGCAGAAGCAUGAAGCUCUUGCCAGUUUCAAUCAGAAACUGCUCAUGCAUGAGAUGAAAACUGGGGUUGCUGUUGCCUGCAAGGAUGCCUACACAACCUCUGUGUACAAGGGUGUUGAACUGGAAAGUCAAAGAAGGGAUACUAAUAUCUUGGUUGAGGCUGGUGAUGCCCUUGAUGAUUCACCAAGAGAAGCUAUUGAUUUCAUAGGAACAUUUAAUAAAAAUUGGAAUUCUUCUUCAAUAAAUAGCACAAGCAAGUUUGAUUCUUCUCCACACUUGGAUCUUUCCUUGAGAAGAAGUAAUCCUAAUGCUCUUGAGAAUCAUGUUGCUCAAGAAAGGCCUACCCUUUGGCAUCCUAAUUCAUCAGCCUUUACAAGGUACACGAGCAAACUAUCACAGCCUCUGCAUUCAACAUGGACAAGUGGCAGUGAUCAAAAGAAAGAAUCUGUGAGUAAUUCUGAGAAGAUGUUGUCCAAUAUUAUUUCUGAAUAUAACUCCGAUACUCCUAGUCCCACACCAACUUCUCAAAGAAACAUGAUUCCUUUGACUACUGGAGCUCUUGGUCAAUUGAAGCAAACUGAAGUAACAGCAUCUUGCACGCAACAGAGAGUAUUUCCUGUCCCAGUACCAGUGAAGGGUAUAAGAUUGAAUAACCUGUGCAAUGGCUAUAAUUCAUUAAUUCCUCCAAUCUUUUGUCCACAGUCAAGUUUUUCCCAGGUACCAAGUCCAAGCUCAGCCAACCUACAGGAAACUGCCUUUAGUGUGAAUCUAUUUCGUCAUUCCAGUUUUGAAACCAACUCCUCUGGACCGUUGUAUGACCGACUUGCCUCAAAUACAAACCAGUCAACCGACCAACCCUUGCACUAUCUAGAUCAAAAGUUGGAUUCAAUUGAGGAUCAAGGAUAUACUUCUCCUACCACUGAUCACAGUGCAAGCAGCAGUUUCUGUAAUGGCUCCUUAAGUCAGCUUAAUGGUAUUGCACAUGGAAGCACUGGUGCAAGUAAUGGCAAUGUUGAUCAGGCUCCUAUUGCCCGUUCUACUACAGAGAGCAAGAAUGAUGACAGUUUUCCCAGUCCUGGUGGAAAUUCCCACCGUUCUAUCCAAAGAGAAGCAGCUCUAAUGAAGUUUCGCUUGAAGCGGAAGGAUAGAUGCUAUGAGAAAAAGGUCCGAUAUGAGAGCAGAAAGAAACUUGCAGAGCAGCGCCCCAGAGUAAAAGGUCAGUUUGUUCGUCAAGUGCAGGCUGAUCCUACGCAUACAGAAGCUGAGCGUCAUUAUGGGAAUUCAUCUGAUGGCUAGGCCUAGUCACAACUUCGUAAACUGAGAAGGAGAGCAUGGAUUCAAAUUUGGUUGGAUUUUUAGAAAUGGUGGCAGUGGCUAUUGCAGCCUUUUGUUUUGUGAAGCUGAAAAAACAAAGGAGGUGCAGAAUUCUAAAGAUGCUUUGGCACAUGUCCAUAAUUAUCAUAUUAGUAGUAAUUGACCCAGGUUGUUAUGUACUUAUUGUAAAAUAAUAUUUUGAUCUUUUAUAGUUCACAGAGUUUUCUUCCCUGUUUUUCACUGGGGUUGCCUGAGUCAUUCUUUAUUGGUUACCUUGUAGAUUUGUUGAUUCAACUGUCUUAUAUGCCAGUAGCAAUUACCAAACAUGCCUAGCGUAAAUACAAAUCUAGUGUAAUCUCAUUUUCUUAUAAUGUGGUGGAAAACUAAUAGACAAGGUUAUAUUAUUCUUGAUUUUCCAAAAUAUAAAUAUAUUCUCGUAUUUU